GCUUUGGCCUUUUUCACAUCUAUUUAUCACCCCUCUUCGUGUUCAAACACUUCAUUAAGAAAUGUUGCGAAAGAGAGACAGCUCUGUUUCCAUGGCAACCCUUCCUUGCUCUGUUGCUUUCGUGAUUCUCGCUUUCUUACAAGCUCUCAACAUCGCAAAUUCGCAAUCAUUCGUUGGUGUAAACUAUGGCCAAGUCGCGGAUAACCUCCCGCCACCAGCGGCCACCGCGAAGCUUCUCCAAUCUACUUAUAUUCAAAAGGUCCGAUUAUAUGGAUCCGACCCGGAGAUGAUCAAAGCCCUCGCCAACACCGGGAUCGGAAUCUUCAUCGGCACCGCGAACGGCGAUAUUCCGGCGCUCGCCUCCGACCCGAACUUCGCCAAAAACUGGGUUAACACCAACGUGGUCCAGUACUAUCCUUCGAGCAACAUCAUCCUCAUUUCUGUUGGCAAUGAGGUCAUGACCUUCGGCGACCGGAAUCUGAUUACCCAGUUGGUUCCGGCGAUGCAGAAUAUCCAAAAUGCUCUCAACGAAGUGUCUCUAGGGGGCAAAAUAAAGGUCACAACAGUCCAUACAAUGGCGCUGCUUACGGUCUCUGAUCCGCCAUCUGCUGGAACCUUCGACCAGAACAACGGGGAUGUGUUGAAGGGAAUUCUUGAGUUCAACAAUGCCAACGGUUCGCCCUUCGCGAUCAACCCGUACCCAUAUUUUGCAUACCGAGGCGACACGAAUCGGCCCGAGACUCUGCCAUUUUGUCUUUUCGAACCCAAUUCUGGGCGAGUGGACGCGAACACAAAGAUCAAGUACUUGAACAUGUUCGAUGCGCAGCUCGAUGCAGUUCGUUCUGCUUUGAACGGUUGGGGCUUUAGAAAUGUCGAGAUCGUGGUCGCCGAAACCGGCUGGCCGUACAAGGGAGAUCCUAAUGAGGUCGGAGCAAAUGUUGAUAAUGCUAGGACUUUCAUCAGUAACCUUGUGCACCAUCUCCGGACCCAAGUUGGGACUCCAUUGAUGCCAAACAAGUCAGUGGAUACUUACAUAUUUGCUCUGUAUGAUGAGAACUUGAAACCAGGACCCGGAUCAGAGCGAGCUUUUGGGAUUUUCAAGCCUGAUCUUAGCAUAAACUACGAUGUGGGUCUAUCCAGGGUGACACCAUCAGUUCCGGUUACCCCAUCAUCAGGUCCGGUGACACCAUCAGGUCCGGUUACCCCAUCAUCAGGUUCGGUGACACCAUCAUCAGGUCCGGCGGCUCCAUCGCCGAAGCCAAUUAAAGGAUCGUGGUGUUUGCCUAAGCAAGGUGUAUCAGAUGCUCAAUUGCAGAUUAAUAUUGAUUACGCUUGUGGAAAAGGGAUUGAUUGCAGUCCAAUCCAACCAGGCGGUGCUUGCUUUGAACCAGCAACUGUUGCAUCACAUGCUGCUUAUGCAAUGAAUAUGCUCUAUCAAUCCUUGGGUCGGAAUCCACGGGACUGUGAUUUCUCACAAACAGGCACACCUUCAUCCAACAAUCCCAGUAAGUUCUCUCAACAUAGGCCGUGGCUUUCCCUAAUUACAAUCUUUGUCGUCUUUGUUUGUUCUUUGAAUCUUUGAUGGUAUUAUGUUUAUUGGUUUUUCCACUGUAGGCUACAAUGGGUGCAGUUACCCAGGUGAGAGUACCUGAGCUGGCGGGUUCUCUCCUUUGUACAUGUAAAUUUUAGUGAUUUCUAAUGCAUAAUUAUUUGUAUUUUUCUUGAAAAAUCAAUUAUGUGAUUUGGGUUAUGGAUGCAAAGCUUAUAAUUGUUCUUUGGAUAAA